CAGAACUCUUCGAAGCUUACGAUGGACGCGACGUGCCACUCUGCGAGUAACUGUGUACGGAGUUUGAAAGUGGAAAUACAAGUACGCGAUGGUCCACUGGGAGAGGCCUUGAUUCUGACAUAUUCCGACGCAGGAUACUGUGAAGCUAAGCAGAAGUUUUGCGGAUUCGAGUGGGAAGCCAAACCAACAGUUCACGAAGAUCAUGUUUCCAUCACGUUAUGGUGCAGUCCUGAAGUGGAAUCCGAUUCUUGGCGCUGUGCGGCGCUUAUCACCGUGUAUGGUUGCGUGGGCAUCGAUGGUGAAAGUACUUUGCUGUAUAGGUCGUCACACAUCUUCCACAAUGAGUGUCGCUCGACGAGCAUCAUAACUCCUCCCGUUGAAUUGGAUAACGAUGGUACACUGGGAAUCCUCAGUACUACUGGAGAAGCUGCUAUGCCUGAUUCGAAUUUUACAAAACCAUCGGAAUUUAGCAAUGCCUGCAUCGCUUUUAAAAACAGCGACAUGCGCGUUUUUGUGAAUAAGGAGUUCAUCCCGGAGCGCUCUACAUCUGCUGCUUCCAACUUGGACAAAUCUGACUCUGGCGAUGAUUUCGACGUUCUGAGCUCACGAGCUGGUGUGCGUGGACAGUCUUUGGAAGACGAUAGCGGUCUCAAUACUCUUCUUUCUUCUCGGAAAGUUGUAAAACCUCAGACGGAAAGAGAUUUCUAUCAGAAGAUUAUUUGCAAAAUUAACCUGGUUACUGGAUCUAGAAUUGAUCAUGGCUUUGUACCUUCCAAAUAA